AUGGAAAGACCGGGAUCGCCCUCCUUUUCAGAUCAGGAUCGUGAUGAUCGUGCAUCACAGGUUGAGGACGAUGAUGACGAGCCACGGGCACACAACAAUCGACAUGCGCGAAUGACAAAGACUGCGACAUUGGGAGACGCAGAGAUGGAUGCAAUAUUGUCUCGCGUUGGCAUGUUGCGCAUGCUCCAAGAAGAGCUAGAGGAGCUGGAGGAGGAACAAAGACAGAAGGACCGUCAGCUGCAAGAACCCAUGAAAGCUGUUCCCAUUGUUGAGACACAAUUUUUUGCAAUGCUCAUGGCUGGAGUGGUGUUGGCUAACUCUGUGGUCAUCGGCUUGGAGCUGGAACUGACAGGAAGUGGUUCAACUUGGGUGUUCUCCAUCAUCAACAAUGGUUUUCUGUUGAUUUACAUGUGUGAAAUCUUCCUCCGGUUCCUGGCUCGGGGUUUGACGGCAAUCAAAGAUGCACUCACAUGUUUGGACAUUGCUCUGGUCCUCCUUACCUUUGUAGAAAGAAUGGCUGCCGGUGCCUCUAUGGCACGCUCACUGCCCUCCAUUCGAUUGCUUAGGUUGCUGCGCCUGAUUAGAGCCUUCAAGCGCAUGCACAAGUCGAAAGAGCUGGUGGUACUGUUGAGCGGCACUGGCAAGGCUGCGAGGACCUUGGCCUGGGUCUCUUUGUUCCUCUUUGUGAUCGCCUGGGCCGCUGGUGCUUGUACGCGGCAGGUGAUUGGAAACUCGCCGGUGUGGAAUGGAAGUACGAACCCCAUGGUGAAUUAUGAGCCAUUCAUGUCGUUUGACAACCGGGAGUAUUUCGGGAACAUUGUUAGAAGUUUCUUGUCCAUGAUCCAAGUCAUAACGAAUGCACAAUGGGCCAAUCACAUUGGUCGGCCUGUGAUCCUGCAAUAUCCAGCAUUAUUCGUCUUCUUCGCCUUCUUCUUGCUGUCAACGACCUUUGGCUUGCUGACCUCCAUCAUCGCGAAUAUCGUGCAGGACUCCUUGGAGUCAUCUAGGGCCUUCGAGAAAGCUCUCAAGGAAAUUGAUCGUGAGAAUCGCCGCUCCUCUGGCCUUCGUGCCCGGAAACUUUUACUCCUUGUCGAUGAGGAUGGUGAUGGUGACUUGACCCAGGAUGAUCUGGACCGUGCAUUAGAAAAUGAGGAAUUCGUUCAGAUCCUCCGCCAUUUGGAGGUGCCAGUGAUGAAUUCAGAAAACUUGAUGCGACUCUUCGAUCUCAGUGGUCGUGGCCACGUCAGCUUCACAGAGCUGGUGCAAGGCAUCACCUCAAUGCUUGAGGACAUCAAUCCAAAGGACUACACCAAGUUGGCCCUUUGGUCAGACAGUUUAAUGAAGCGCAUGGAAGCUUGUGAGCAGCGAUGUCACCUUUUGGCUCAGCAUGUAGUGGACCUGCGUCGCAAGAUGGAGGAAUGCUUCAACUGCCUUGCCUUGUUCAUUGGCUCACGGGAGAAUACUGAGCUGUACUACAGGGCUUUGAAAGCCAUCCGUUCGGCUCCUCCACCAAUGCCAGUUGAUAUCAGAGAGGCUCUGGGCCUGGAAAUCAAAGAGGAGAAGGUCUUGGAGAACGAAGCUGAAGCGCUCAUGAACUUUGCUCGGCGCUAUGUUGCACCGAAGCAGCAGGCCAAAAAGAGAUCUGAUGAGGGCAGUCCUGGCAGGUCACCGAAAUCUUGGCACACGGGACUUCGUGUGGCAGCAACAUUGACCUGUCACAAGGCUGUCCUGGCCGAGCCACCUCCGCCCAAGGGUGUUGAUAUAGCACGGAAAAUGUUGGAGCAAAAGGAAGCGCAGGAGAAAGACUUCGCCUACCGCAUCAACAGAGAAAAUGCCUUCCAGUCCACUCAGAAGUUCUCGGCGCUGAAGGACUUACUCGGUGGUAUGUAG